AUGGCUGGGUCGCCAAGGCACGACCCCGAAGAUGGACAGCAGUCGAAGCGGCCGAGGCGUGGCCUUCUGCCACCUGAGCUGGUUGAGGCGCUAACACCCGCAUUGAAAGUGGUGCGGGCGCAAUUGCUCAUCACGCGCUCCUGGGAGAAGGACAAGCCGCUGGGCUCAGGUGAACGCAUCAAAGCCAGCGCUCUAGCUGGCGGAGCUGCUGGCAUGGUUGGCGGACUGCUACGCGGUCCACGAAACAUUGUUCCCGGUGCCAUCAUGUUCAGCAUCUUUGGCGCUGUGGGGCAGGGCGCCGUCAACAAACUGUCAGAAUUGAGAGGGGCGGUUGAGAAUGCCGACGAGGAUUCGAGCUGGCUGAGAUCAAAAUAUAGCCCCCUCAGGAAGCUCACGGAUGAGGAAUAUGAAGCCUUUAUUGCGGAAAAGAUGCUCAAAGUUGAGGCUGAAAUCGCCCUCAUCGACGACAAGAUAACAGAAUUAAAAGUCGAGGAUGCAGCGAGGCAGUCAACCGAAGAAAGGUUUGAUGUCAACACCGGUAGAGAAUCUCUACCCGAAGGCCCAAGAGAUACUCACCUUAUAGAACCCCGCAAGGUUCGAGGAGUUGGUGGAAGAAAUCUUCAUAAAGUGGAGCCGGAAGUAGCCGAAGGCCAGACCCGGGCCAGCCGUGCGACGCCGCGUAUCGGAUACUUCUCGCUUCGUCGACUUGCCUAUACCCCUAAAGAUGGCCUCAAGAUCGAGAUCCGAGGGCUCGGCCUCAACCUCCAUCGGCCCAACUUCGCGCAGCCAACAUGGAUCAGUAUCGUAAUCAACGAACUUGUCGCCACAGUCGAUGUGAAGGAACUCGACAAUGGGCAUAAGAUUCGGGAAGAGGACUCUGAGGCCGAGGACGCGGUAACGCCUGCCGGGGACGCAUCUGACACUCAGGCCGAAGAUUCAGCCCCGCAAUCCCCCUGCCUACGAUCCAACGUGAAUUGGCUCAGGAUGGUUGAUAUAGUUGCCACCAAUACAACAAUCAAUGUCGUCAAAGUCGGCAGCAUUCAAGUUGGCAGCCUGACGGUUGCUGUCGAUACGCGCCGCAAGAUGGUUGAUAGAGCCCGGUUUUUCUUUGCAGCCAGAGCCGACAGAAAGAAGCAGGAUCAACAAGCGGAGUGGAUCUUAACCCUGAAGAGCGUCCUAUUCACUGCAGAAGGCAGGGAACCUCUCGAGAUCCUCGAUAACGCCACGUUUAAUGUCAACGCCUACCUGACCGAAAGCUUAGGUAGCCUUCGAGACAUGAGCAUCGCUCUCAAACUAGGUCGCGUUCACAUUCCGUAUGACGACCUUGUACUCUCCCUCAACCACUACAAGCGGUGUCGCAACGCGCCGCCAAAGGUAGCUCGACCGGCUAUCCACAAGGAAUCCUCCACAGGGUCUGUCUUCGGCGAUUUCAAGGAGUUCCAAACCGACGAUGAUCUCAUGGAAACCCUUGCCAACUCCAAAGAGUUUAUAACGGCCCUUGUGAAGGGAAUCAAGGAAGUUCAGUUCGCUGUGAGCUUCGUGGGCCUUUCCAAAAAGAUAUACGCUGCCGGCGACCCUCUCCAGUUGACCGCUUCGAUGAAAGAGGUGGGCAUCGAUCUUCAUCGUUUAGACCCAAAAUCUCCUGUCCACCAAAUGUAUUUCCCAUCCCAAGAUGUGGCUCAUGAAGCUUUGGCCGCUGCCCUGUCCGUAUCGAUCGGUCUGGAUGAUGGUCAGGGCAAGCCUGAGAGAAUCCUCUACAUUCCGAUGGCGACAACAACCGUCCGGACGACCCUUCCUUCGAAAACAGUCAAGUUAGCAAAGGAUGGUAGCCCCGAGGAACGCAACGCCAAUAUCCUGUUUGCUAAUUCUGUAGUCACUUCGCCCUCCAUCGACCUUGACCCACGUCAUCUUGCCCUUGUUCUCACUCUCCUACAGUCGAAGCCAAAAGUUCUCGAACGCAAUUGCAUUGCCCCCGUUGAGAAGUCGGCCGAAGCAGACGACUUCGACAUGAUCAUCUCCUCUAUUUCGUCCGUCUCUUUAGACAUGGAAUCCUACCACUCCGCCCAUGAGGAAAUGCAUUACUCGCUCGUCGCUUCCACCAGGCUCCAGUCUCACGAUCUCUACUACCAAACCUCAUCUGGCAACCGAUUUGACCUUCUGCAAACCGAAGCAUUCGACCUCAAGUUCCAGAUUAGCGCCGCACCUGAUGUCUGCGUCGUGGCGAACGGCAAUGUCCAGUCUUUCAUCAUCAAGCUCGCCGCCCAUCUCACCAUCGCCGCACUCGCCCUCUUUGGCCCCCGCGGUACCACACUGCCAGAACUAUUUACUGUCGACGUCAAAGUUGCUAUGCUCCAGAUCAAAGGAGAGAUGCCUCAUGACCCCCUCUUAUGCUUCAGGUCCACGGCCUUGAAGCCGGCCGUCACCGCUGGUCGCCGCCGUUCCUCACAUCCAGAGGAAAAGCUGUUUGAUAUUGCCGCGGAGGCUACCCGAAUCGCUGUGCCUCACGAAGCCAUCGUGUACCACGUAACGGAUAACAUUGUCAACGUCUUUAAGUCUGUGCAACAGCUUCAUCAUCGGUUCAAGACCGGGACCAACGAAUAUAUCUUGGAAAAGGGUCCAGAGGGGCCGAAGCAUGUGCCCAAGGUGUCUCUGCGCACGCGGAGUUUCCUCUUUGAACUCGAAGACGGUGCAUUCGAGUGGAAGCUCGGGAUGAUCUACCGUACUGGCCUUACUGAACAGAUGCAGAGAUUGGCCCGCGAAGACGCUUUUAAACUCAAGGUAAAGCGGAUUCGGGAAGAAGAUGCACGGAUUGCUUCCACCAAACUGCGGGCGCGCUCAACAUUCCAUCCGCGGUCCACUACCGACUCGAUCCCUGCCUCGAACAAUACUGAUGAGGAACCACGCCAAGGUCGGCCCUUAAGCAGCCACCGGUACGACCCUGAAGGAAACCCUCCUGAAAUCAGUGGCAGCAGCAGCAUUCGAGAAGAGGCGGCUAGGGAAAAGCUAAACAUAUAUAAUGCCCAAAGUUGGAAGAAAAGGAUCAACCAAGCAUACACUAGGUCAUCCCGUGCGAUUCGUGAAAUGCGCGGCAUGUUUUGGGGCCCUGAUCACCUCCCCGAUGACCUGGAUGAUGCUGAGAAUAUUCUUGAGGUCCCAGAACGUCCUGCCUUGCUUUCAGCGCUCGUUUCCGACUUGCAAAUUGUUAUCGACAAGCCAUCCUUUCCUCUACAAGAACUGCCCGAUUUCCUGCAUUCGAUUGGCAAAGGCAUGCCGCGGGAUAUGCAAUACAAAGAAUUCCGGGGCCACGAGUCUGCUCGAAAGGUCCGCGUCCAGGUCAUCCCUCCAGGUACGUCUGGCUCACAGGACGAUCGUGGGUUCGCCAUCGACGUACGACGGACCAUUGGCCCAGUGAAAUCGUACUCCGAUAUAGCUGUCGAUGUCAACACCGCAUUACCUACACGGAUAACCUGGGGACCCUGCUAUCAGCCGGCCAUGCAAGAUAUGAUGAUGGUUGUGGAAUCCUUUACCAAGCCCCAACUCGACCCCUCGGAACGUGUGGGCUUUUGGGAUAAAUUACGCCUGAACUUCCAUUCACGUAUUCACGUAGCGUGGAAAGGUCAUGGAGACGUUCUCUUGGCACUCAAGGGAACCCGCGAUCCUUACCUCAUGACUGGCUACGGUGCUGGAUUCCUCAUGUGCUGGCGCCACGACGUCCGCCUUGCACUCAACUCCAAGGAUGAUCCCAAAAUCCGAGAGGAAGCAAGAAGGCAAGGAAUUUAUAAAGGCCCGGGUGGCGACGAGGCCACCAAAUCAAGCGCCGCUUUCAAGAAGGUUGUUAUGAAAUUGUCUGGCGAAGUACAGUGGAUGAUUGGCCUCGUUUUUGAGCGUGCCAUUGAGAAUGGCCAAAGGAGUUUCGACUUUAGGCCUCACUACGACAUCAUCCUCAAGGCGCCGCUGUACGCCCAAUCCCAGAAUGGCCUUCCAUAUGAUGCGUUCCGCGGCUUCCGCAGUCAGCAUAUCCACCUCUCAAUCGACAUCAGGGCACCCGCAAGCCGGAACUGGUCGGCUUCCGUACCUGAGCCCUCGAAGAGUUACAACACAGUCCAUUUCACGCCACGCUUCUUUACGCAUUUCUUUGCCUGGUGGGCCCUCUUCGGGAGUCCAGUUUCCUUGCCUAUCCGGCAGGGCCGCCUCUUCCCUGGUAGGGAGAUGAACAGCAAGAAGUUUGGCCGCCACCUCGCCACUGUGAAGUACAAUCUCCUUCUUGCACCCCUGUUCCUCAGCCAUAUUUACAAGCACAAGAAUGUGGAGGCGACCUCCGCCGAGAACGCCGUCUCAGCUACCGGUCUUAAGGUUCGCUUUGACAGCUUCAUGCUCGACAUCCACCAACGACGCGAAGAAUUCAACACGCGAGAUCGUGGACUCAAGUCCAAAGCACGAACAACAGGCAUCAAGAUCCAUGCGGCCCAGCUUGACCUCGUUUCGGCGGACGUUCGCGCUGUGUCUGCGACGAUGGAUAGCAACUCCGAAGCCCUCAAGCAUGCUAGCUCCGAUUCGCUCGAUGACCAAGAUGAGGAGUCACGAGGCUACUCGAGAUUUACCAUUCCUGACAAUGACCCGAGCUGGAUCGACAUGGACGAUUUUGUAGAGUUGGACUGGGCCACACCUGCGCAGAAAAAUCCCGACGUCAAGAUUCUCCCGCUUGCUUGCGCCCCACGCCUAACGUACUUCCGGCAAACUGAUAUUGGAGGCAUGAUCGCCGGAGACCCAGAUAGAACGAGCCCGUUUGGACAAGAGCCAACUCAUUUUUGCAUGAUGAGCCACGAUGACGAUCCUCGACACGUCCAGGCACAGCUAAUUCGGGAUCGACUCGCCCAACUCGAAGAUCAAAUGGAAACACAUGCGCAGACCCUGGGCAACGCUGAGUUCCGCGUCAUGCAGGACGAAGGUCAAGACGCACAGAUGCUAGUCGAACUCGAAGCUCUGCGCCAUCACACCACGUUGCUUUGCCGGAAGAGGAUGUUUCUCGAACAUAUGCUACAACAAAUGACGUGUGAUGGAUCGUCUAGCAGUAAAUCGUCUAAUUCGAACGGGACGCGCGAGGGCGACCAUGGCGAUACUUCGCUAGAACUUGCAGGGGAUUCUAUGACCUUGCCCUCAGGCGCAGAGUUCGACAGCGAUUUUACCAACCGGUUCGUAGUUCACAACAUGCAACUCAAGUGGAACAAUCUUUUACGAAACAUCGUUUUGCGAUAUAUCCACCAAAAUAGCCAGCGCCGUGGUUUCAUCUAUUACCUAUCGAGACCGGCCGUCAAGUUCAUACUUGAUAUUGUGGACGAGCAAACCAAAGCCAAGACCACGCAAGAUGGCAAGGGUUCGGCGAGGUCCUUCCCAGGGAAAUCUAAUGCGACGGCAGAACCGGGGGCUGGGUCGUCAACUAAGAAGAUUCGAAAGGAUAUCGAAGAUCGCAUCAGAAGUAUUCUUCAAGACGGCAAAAAUGUAGUAGACGCAGAAGAGAAUGACCCUCCGAGCCAGCUUGGAAGCAUGGGCACCAUCAUCUCGGACCUUGCCAGCGGGAUCGCAGCGGAGUUUGCGGCUCGCAGCAGCUACCAUGUCCGGCUGAUUGCCCCUCAAAUCCAGCUGCAGAGCGACAAGAACAAGAAGCACGUCGUCCUAGUUACCGCCAAGGGCAUGGACCUCAAGGUUGUCGAAGUAAUGGACAAGGCUCGCAUCUCCGAUACUGUCAGCGGCCUUGUGCAGCGGCGAUUCCUGCUCAAUAUGGAUAGUGCACAGUUCUUCGUUACUCACCAGAAGUGGUUCCAGACCGGAUUAGUAUCCAUGUAUGCAGGCGGCAAGUACGGAGCGCCGGUGGGAUCCUCGUGGCCUCCAUGGGUCCCUGUGGAGGUCAUCUUCGACUUCCAGUCGGAUCCGUUUGGGUUCAAGCGCGUGGUGCAGAAAACCUCUGCCAUGCUCCGCUACGACAAGUACAACAACCUGCGCCUCAAGUACAACGACGAUGUGAAUACGGACAGCGUCAACAUGGAUUCCGCGGAUAACUCGGAGAGCAGGAUUGACAACCUCUGGGUCGAAUUUCCUCAGGCCAGAGCACUUUGUAAUUCUUCACAAUACUACGCCAUGUACGUCAUCGUCCUAGACCUCUUGAUGUAUAGCGAGCCGGCAGAGAAGACGAGAAGCGAGCGCUUGGAAAAGAUCAUGCUCGCAUCCGACUUUAGCGAUCUCAGCGGGGCGCCACAGAUGGUGCAGAAACUACAGGAGCGCGUGAGGCAGCUCGAGUCGAUCAAAUCCCAUCUCCAAAUAUACGCCACGACGAUGGAUAGAAAAUGGUGGGAGGACCAUAUUAUCCUAGAAAAGGAUCUUGCCGCUUGCGAGGAUGAGCUAUUCUUCUUGAUGAAAGCCAUUACUACAUCGCAGCGGAAGCAUGAAACAGCGGGCGAGUCGAGUCAGUCCAAUGCGCUCCUCAAAUGGACCAUCUCUGCGAGGGAUAUCGUCUGGCAUCUCAUCAGGGACACCAUGGAGCCUCUAGUCGAGCUCCAGUUGCGCGAUGUCGAGUAUGAUCGCACGGAUAAUGCUGAUGGGUCCCACAUCAACCUCGUCCGCGUCGAUCGUCGCUCCUUAUAUCGACGGCGCAAGGGGUCAUUCAACGACGUGGGCAACCGGCAUAUGAUCAGAGUAUGUUGGCACAUGCUGGAGGAUAUCGCCGGCAUACCCGUCAUGGACCACUUCGAGGUCGAUCUCUUCCCGAUGAAGAUUCAGCUUGAGAGGGAGGUUGGAAAGCAGCUAUUUACAUACAUAUUCCCUCACGUUGAAGGCGGCACAGAAGCAGGAGCUCGCGACGACUCGCCGUUUUUGAUAAAACAGCAACUUCCCGGCCAAAACGACGACGACGACGACGCAUCAAUCACAAGCUCGUCCCAGGUCACGCCCAUGACUGACAAGAGUUCAAGUUACCAUACCCGCCAAGGGUCACUCGAGUUGCGUCUCCAGCCCACACUGAAUUCCAACGCGCCCAAUGCUGGAACCCAGAGUCCCAAGAAGGCGGUAAGCGUUCACACGUCAGAUGGGCACUCUUCCUUCCGCCUCUUCAAGUCGUCUAGCGGGGCAAACACGCCUCGGGGGCUAGGUCGCAAGGCGUCGAGGGAAUCGCUCGUGCCGAACAAGCCCGUGAUUCGCACGGGCACCGGACUUUCGAUAAAGGAUGGGUCAUCCUCCUCCAUUAACAACGAAGGCCGGAAGAUGUCGCGGUUCGUUCUGCGCAGCAAAGCACCUAUUGAGGAGAAGCAGCAGCCAUCGGAUGAUCUUACCAAGAUGAUGGAACGGGCCAAUAACUAUAUGAGCUUUUCCUACAUCAAGAUGCCGUCGGUUGAGCUCUGCCUAAGCUACAAGGGCAAGGACAACCGUAAUUUUGAAGACGUACACGACUUUGUGUUCCGCAUGCCGACGAUUGAGUGGCGCAACAAAACGUGGUCCAAUCUGGACCUCGCCCUCGCGCUCAAAAAGGCGGUCAUCAAAGCACUCAUCUCCCACACUGGCGCCAUCAUCGGAAACAAAUUCUCCAAGCACAGGCCCAACACGGCGCAGCAGAGCAAACUGCGCGAGCUCGCUAGCAACUCGGUCAUCAUUGGCGCGUCGCACUCGUCUAUGGGAUCUCCCUACACAGACAGCAUCCACAGUGACGACUCGUCUAGCCUUUUGGAACGUCGCCCAUGGACUUUUCUCGGUCUCCCCGAGGUCGCUGAGGAGUAG